AUGGUUACUAUUUACUAUCAUAGAGCGAUCAUUUCGCACAAACAAAUUUACUAUUCGGACAAAUACAACGAUGAGGAGUUCGAGUACCGGCAUGUUAUUUUGCCCAAGAACAUAGCCAAGUUGGUCCCUAAAACCCAUUUGAUGUCUGAAUCUGAAUGGAGGAAUCUUGCUGUUCAACAGAGUAAGGGAUGGGUCCAUUAUAUGAUCCAUGAACCAAAACCUCACAUCUUGCUGUUCCGAUGGCCAAUUAAAGAAAAAUAA